AUGGCGCACGCCGUUACCGUCGCACACUCCAGCGCCGGGCUGCAAGCGCGCCAAGCGCAACUGGGGGGGAGCAGCAGCGACAAGGCGUUGCCGGCGCGCGCCCUUCCAACGCGGAGAGCGCGCUUGACAAAGAAUGCCUCGCUGGUUCGUCGCAACGAGUCGCGCAGUAGCGCGAAUGCAGCACGAGUCGUGCGCGCGGCGGCGGCGGCAGAAGCGGAUCCGGCGGCGGGCGUGGCGGAGUACAAGCCGCGGUCGUACGACGAGCUCGUCGCAGACGCAUCUCGCGCCGUGCAGACGGCGUUGGCGGACGGCCUCACGCGCAUCGAAGUCGACUUCCCCCCACUGCCAAGUGGAAAGGCGGGCUACGAGGGGUCAUCGGAGGAGUACAUAGAGGCCAACAUCCAGCUCGCCCUGGCGCUCGUGCGCAGGCUGCACGGCGCCACCGCCACCACCGCCAAGAUCGUGCUUCCCGACGGGCCAGAGAAGCGCCGCUGCUCCCGCCGCUUCAAAGCUGCUCUGGACAUGACGGACGGGGUGUCGCUGGGGUGUUUGGAGGACGACCCUGUGGCAGCACCGGGGCAGGCGGGCGCACUGCAACCACGCAGCGCGGGUGGAGGAGGAGGGGGCGGGUUCUUGUCGGCGCUGAAGAACGCGCUGGACCUCGACUUCGGGAGGCAGGAGACCGGCGAGUGGGCGGCAGCAACGCCGUCGGAUCUGUACAUCAUCGCCAACGCCAGCUGCCAGGAGCUGCCCGCCGUUCAGGCCUACCUCGAGAAGCUCCCCCCCGUCACGCCGGUGCUGCUCUUCAACCUGGAGCUCGACACGCUCAGGGCGGACCUGGGGCUGCUGGGCUUCCCCCCCAAGGACCUGCACUACCGCUUCCUCUCCACCUUCCGCCCCGUCUUCUACCUGCGCCCGCGCGACUACUCCAAGAGUGUGGCCGUGUCGCCAUUCAUCCUCAACUACAGCGGGGCGCUCUUCAGAAUGUACCCAGCGCCAUGGCAGGUGAUGGUGAAGCAGGAGGGCACGGGGUCGUACGUCUGUGUGGCGGAGGGGCCACAGCGCUUCCAACUCGGACAGGUGAAGGAGGAGCUGCAGCGUGCGCUGGGGCUGGGCGAGGAGGAUGGCUCCACCAUGCAGUUCCUGCGCCGCGGCUACAAG